GACGGCGAUUCGCCAAAGAAAAUCCAGUCGUCCAUGUUUUCAGGAGAGGAACAGGGGCAGAGGAAAGGUCAUGGUCGAGGACGGAAUCAACGAAAAAACCAGACGCCACAAGCGCAGGCCCCACCAGCAGCCGGAUGGGCUCCACCUCACCAGGCUCUCCCGCCUGAUCUGGGGCCGUUUGGAGCAUAUCCCAACCCAUAUGCAGCGGCAGGGAUGCCGCUGCCCUAUGCACCGGGUCCACCGCCACCAGCUGGUUACAACACAUACAUUCCGUAUCCGCCUCAACCAUACACGAUGAUGCCACCACCGACCAUGUACCCAGGAAUGCCGGCCAUGCCGAUGUUUCCUCACAUGCCACCGGUGCCGACUAUGCCCGAGCAAGCCCCUGCAUCCAAGAAUGCUAAGUCUCGUAACAAGCUUCCGGAGGCUACUGCCGCAGGAGGAAAGAAUCUUCGGGAGACGAAAGGGAAGAGGCGAACCAAGGGCAAGAACUCCAAGGACGAGCCCAGUGCCGCUAUCGAAGAUGACGCGAACCUCAGCCUGCUGUUAAACCAGGUUCGGCGAAAGCAGCGGGAUGUGACCUUGGAAGAGGUUUUAAGUGAGAGCCUGGUCGUGGAAUUCGCGAAGGAUCAGCAUGGCAGUCGGUUUCUUCAGCAGAAGCUUGAUGAGGCGCCAGAAGACGUCAAGCAGAGGGUCUACGCGGCCAUCCAGGAGGAAGCCGCGGAUCUGUCAAAGGAAGUCUUCGCCAAUCAUGUUGUCCAGAAGAUCUUCGACACGGCGGACACAGAGCAGAAGAAGGCCCUGGUCCGCGCGCUGGCAGAAAACGUCGCAGCACUCUCGCAAGACCAGUACGGCUGCCGGGUCAUUCAGAAGGCCAUCCAGGCUGUCUCCAAAGAAUCCCAGCAGCAGAUUGCGCGGGAGCUGGAGGAUCACGUGGAGUCCUGCAUCAGGAACAUGCACGGAAACCAUGUCAUUCAGAAAUGCAUCGAGCAGAUGCCGCCGGACUCUGUCAACUUCGUUAUCAAAGCUGUGGAGCAAAAAGCCGAAGAAACUGCCCGACACGUGUACGGCUGCCGAGUGAUUCAGCGUCUUCUGGAGCAUUGCGUGUCGGCGCAGCUGGAGCCAAUGUUGGAGAAGAUUCUCGUGAAUGUAGCUGUGCUAGCCAAAGAUGCCUACGGCAACUACGUUGUACAGCACAUGCUCGAGCACGGCCGCAAGGAGGACAAACAGAGAAUCAUUGAGACCAUUCGGUCAAACAUUGCCGAAUUCUCAAAGGAGAAAUUCUCCAGUAACGUGGUCGAAAAAUGCUUCGAGGCAGCCACUGUGGGCGAGAACGCCGACGACCCCAUUAUCCAACAGGAACGCACUGCGCUGAUGCGAAUGGUGCUGGAGAGGCCAGAGGUGAUCUAUGCUAUGUGCACCAACACCUACGGCAACUACGUUGUGCAGAAGAUGUUGGAAAACACUCGCGGCGAGGAGUGGCCCGCCCUCUGCCAGGCAAUUCGGAACGUGGAGAGCCAGUUGAAUGCUUCGGGGGGUGCUGCUGGUGGCAGAGAGGACCCCAGAGAGGUGUUCAAGCACAUCCUGACUCAUUUGAACAAGGAAUCAGGUGCGCAGCAGUGA